AUGAAGAGAACAAAGGAGGUUCGAAGGCUCAUCCCGAUCCCAUCUGCAACAGGGAUCAACAUUGUUUAUAUCACUCCUUCAAAGACGUGUGAUUGCACGCACACCCCGACACAGCAGAAAUUCCAAGUGAUUGAUCCCUGGGCCUUUGGUCACCCUUUGCUCUCCACUCCAUUUUGCAUCACCGUCUACUUCCACGGUGUUGAUAGUUGGGAAGUUGCAGCAAUCGCCAACAAUGGUAGAGGAAGAGAUAUUGAGCUCGAUGACAAGAUGAGAGAAUUGAAGCAGUUCGAUGAAACCAAGGUAGGCGUAAGAGGACUCGUGGAUUCUGGGGCAGCGAAGAUCCCAAGAAUUUUCAUCUGUCCACCUGAGAGUCGUCAGAGGCUAGAAGAACAACCAGAGAUGCAGGCAGCAACAGUCCCCUACCGCAGGGCUGAAAUUGUUGAUGAAAUCCGUCAGGCAUUGCAGACCUGGGGUUUCUUCCAAAUGGUUAAUCAUGGGAUUCCCACCGGUGUGUUGGAUAACUUGUUGAGAAGCACCAGGGAAUUUCACGAGCAACCGAAGGAAAUGAGGAUGGAAUUCUACACCCGAGAUUGUACCAGGAAGGUGAAAUAUUAUUCCACGGGGGAUCUUUAUCAAACCAAAACUGCCCAAUGGAGAGAUACCCUGUCAUGUGACUUCGACGACACCAGCAAAAUCGAUCUGGGGAGCUUCCCUGAAAUUUGCAGAAACGAAAUUGGAGAUUAUCUCAAUCGCUUGCAUGGAUUGAAAAACCUGCUGGCUGAAUUAUUGUCUGAAGCACUAGGCCUAUCCAGCAACCACCUUGCCAGUUUGGAAUGCUUCGACAUCCAGAGACUUUUAUGUCAUUAUUAUCCACCAUGUCCAGAGCCUGACUUGACCAUAGGCAUAAUGAAACACUCCGACCCGUAUAUCCUCACAAUCCUCUUGCAAGAUAACAUUGGUGGUCUCCAAAUCUUGCACAAGAACCAAUGGGUGGAUGUAACUCCUGUUCAGGGAUCCCUUUUGGUAAACGCUGGAGAUCUAUUGCAGCUGAUUACCAACGAUCAUUUCAAGAGUGUGGAACAUAGAGUAGUAGCUACAAGAGCUGGUCCAAGAAUUUCAGCUGCAUGCUUCAUUUACCCAAGAAACAAGAAUCAAUCCAAGCCAUACGGGCCAGUGAAGGAGCUUCUAUCCGACAAGAAUCCGCAGAAAUACAGGGAAACCAGCUUCCUUGAUUACAUCCACUAUUUUGGUUCUAAAGGCCUUGAUGGUGUCAAGGCCCUUCCUCAUUUCCAAUUGAUAAGCGCAAACGAGUAG